AGGUUCUCAUUGUCUUAGAAAAAGUCUUAUCUCUUACAUACACAUUCACUCUCUCUCUCUGUAAAGUACAGGUGACUUGUAACUAUUCACUUCUCUCCGUGUUCCACAAGCACAGCUUUUCUUCUUCCCAACUAUCAACUACUCUGGGUGAUCCACAGGUCUCAUAGUGUGUGAAUUUGAAGUUGUGAAGAGUGGUAGGGGUGAUGGGUGUGAGUAGCCGGUGUUCCCAUACAUCGCACAUCACCGAGAUCAUCAUCACCAGCUUUUUCCGCCACAAGAUCUAAAUCCAGAGAGAAAUAAAAAGGCGAAAAGAGUGAAAUCAGAACCAACAGUCUGAUCUUCUCACCAUAGCUAUGGUGGUUUGAAUUGUCGAACACGAUCUUUUUACAGAGUUCGAAACAAUAUAUGGCGGGUCGGAGAGGAUCGAAUAUGAAUACCCUUUUACUUCAAAACAAGAGGCUCCUUUCUUCUUCUUCUGAACCCCUUGAUUCUCUUUUCAUAUCUGGCUCUUCCCCUUCUUUUCUUGGUUCAAGAUCAAUGGUUAGCUUUGAAGAUGUCAAUGGAGGAAAAAGAUCAGGCAGGCCGUUCUUCUGCUCGUUUGAUCAAGAAGAAAAUGGAGAUGACGAGUUGGAGGAGUAUUUUCAUCAACAUGGAAAGAAGAGGCGUCUGACAGUCAAUCAAGUACAGUUUCUCGAAAAGAGCUUUGAGGCAGAGAACAAGCUCGAACCCGAAAGGAAAAUUCAACUUGCAAAGGACCUUAAUUUGCAGCCCCGGCAGGUUGCAAUUUGGUUCCAAAACCGUCGGGCACGAUGGAAGACAAAACAGCUGGAGAAGGAUUACGAGACUCUACAAGCUAGCUAUAACAGCCUCAAGGGUGACUGUGACAACCUCCUCAGGGAGAAGGAGAAACUAAAGACUGAGGUUCUUUACCUCACAGAUAGGCUUCUUAAAGAGAAAGGGAGUGAGAACUCAAAUUCAUCUAAUACGGAUAAAUUAUCUGAGGCACCAGUGCAAGGGCCCAUUUCUGAUUCAGUUUCUGAGGGUGAAGUAUCAAAAGUUACGGCUAAAAGUGACGUAUUUGAUUCCGAGAGCCCACAUUGCGCUGAUGGGAGUCACUCCUCUCUCGUAGAGCCAGGUGAUUGUUCUUAUAUUUUCGAACCUGACCAGUCUGAUCUAUCACAAGAAGAUGAAGAUGAUAUUUUGAGCAAGAGCUUGUUGCCUCAUCCACUAUAUGGGUUUCCGAAGAUUGAAGAUGCUGAGUACUCUGACCUGCCUGCAAAUUCUUGUUUGUUUGGAUUCCCGGUUGAAGAUCAAGCAGCCUUUGGGUUCUGGUCUAACUGAAUUGUCACCGUUAUAUAUCACUCUCCUUCCUUUCUUCUUUUUGUUGUUCUAAGCAUACUUUUGUGGUAUAGGGUAAACUAGCUGUCAAUAAAUCCAAUCUAUCCAGAUUUGGUUGUGGGUUUCUGUAACUGUUGGUACUGGUAGUUUUGCUCAGGGCGGUUUCAUUUCGUAAAUCAGAAUGUAAGAAUUUCUAUAUAUCGAAUAAAGCUUGUGAAGAAUUCAGUCGUA